AUGGCAGGUUUAAUCCACAUUUCUGUGGCUGUGCUCAGCCUUCUGUCUGUGGGACACUCACUUCCUGUGACCAGCUGUGACAUCCUGACCAAACCUAUUGAAAUCCAAGGAAGAGACCAGGUAAGACAGUCUCAUCCUUCUCGUCUCCUAUAUCGUUGUUUUCCUUUAUGCAUUUUAGAUUUAUCUUCAAAUUCUACUUAAAAAAAGAAUAACCCAAGUAUAAGACCCUCCUCUUCAUCUUGACUCUUUUUGUCUUUUGUAGCUGCUGGGCAAGUGGAUCAUUGUAGGAGAAUCCACCAACAUCCCCAAAUCCAAUUACCUGACGAAUCUGUUUGUGAAGAAUGCCUGGUCAAGACUAACUGCUGCUCCCGACAGUGAAGCCAUACAUAUUUAUCAACAACAAAAUAUGUAAUUGUAAUCGACACAACUGUGUACAGACUUAAAGCAUGUGUUUUUUAAGAUAUGGGCUAAAUUGAAGUUUUAAAUUGAGUGUGCAGAAUGUCUAGCUGUAAUUUUAAAUGUUUGAAUGUCAGUGAUUUUGUCUCAUUUUGAAAAUGUACUUUCUUGAAAGGUUUGGUCGCUGCCUCGCGCUCAGAGACCAGAUAACUUUGGAAAACAACAUUCUCACGGGUGUGUACAACUGAUGAAAGCGCUUGUGGAAAUAAUUUGGCUAACCUUGCGUCUCUUUAAACAGACCUGGACUUUGUGUCCAAAGCUGAACUUUGUGUAUUUGUUAAUAUCUAUUUGUGUAUGCUACUAUCCACAGGCUCAUUUUUCAAUGGUUCUGCGAAGCUGCUGAGCACCGGCUGUCCUGACUGUCUCAUCUACUUCUCAGAGACUAAAAUUGGAGACAUCACAUACACUGGUCUCCAGCUCACAAGUAAGACUUAAAAAAUAAAUACCAAUAAAACUAACGUAGAAGAAACCUACUAGUACACGAACCAAGUAUCUUUUCAAUCAAUAAAUUAAUAAAUCCAUGUUUAUGUCAAGGAAAUUGAAAACAAAAUCUAUCUCUUCUGGUUGAAUGGCCACCGAUUUGGACGUCUCUUUGACCUAUGCCUGCUGUAAAACCUUGUCUGUCCAUCUGUUGGCUAUGCUAAAGCCCAGGUCCUCUUGGGUAUUUGUCUCUAAGAGCUGACAGACUGCUGACUAAUGUGAUUUUGGCCACAUAAAGCCCCUGUAGACAGGGAAUCCUCAUACAGCUUGGGCUGCACUUUCAUUUUUGGCAACACAGGACAAGCAAAACUGACAGCAUUAAUUGUUGCAUUUGGACUGAAGCAGGUCGAAAGCAACAGAUAUCCUGAAAACCUGCAAGAUUUUGAGAUGAAUUAUCUGACUGCAUACAGACACAGAGAGGGAAGGAAUCAAAAUCCCCCCCCCUGCAGACUAAACCCUCGAGCAGCAUGACUGCAGGCGGGUCUAAGUCUGAUAAUGAGCCGCUCUACAAAUCGUUAGAAUGGUAGGGGACAUUAAUUAACUGGUUGUAUUCUUACUUUUGAUAAAACACCUAUUGUAUCUGUAUUUGAAAUUUCAGUAGGACUUAACUGACCCAGUCUGUGUUCAUCAUGGACUUUAUCUCUCAGGUAAGAGGACCAAAGUGUCUGCUGCUGAACUGGAAGAGUUUCAGAGGCAGGUAGCGUGUUUGAACUUGACAUCACCUGCAAUCCUGAACCAAGACGAAGGUAAAACCUGUUUCCAUCUCUAGAGGUCGAUCAACAACUCUGCAGUUACCCUUUUUUUACUUAUUUAUUCAUAACUUCAAAGUCAAAAAUUAACCCAUUCAUAAAUGUGUUCUUGUUGUUGCUGCCAAAACCUGGUGGUUGUAACUUUGAAUUCUUGUUUUUGUCCUGCUUCUGUAAAGAUAAUCCGUUUUCAAACAUCUACUCCACAGAUGUCUGCACAGAGGAUUCUGCACUAACUGUUGAUCUAACCCAGGACAUGAAUGACAUCGGCUCUAAAGCUCUCGCUGCACUCGACAAGAUGCUAAAUGAUGAGAGUUUUAUGCAAAAGGUUUUAUCUUCCCUUUUCACCAUGUUCAAAGGUGAAGAAGACAACUGA